AUGUCCUCCUCAGAUACGAUCAGCUCUCAAAGCAGCUUGGAAAGUGACACGGGAACACCAACCCACCACUCUCCUGCCCCUCCUUCUGACUUCCACACUUCGAGGGGACCGUACCCGAAUCUCUCGUCGCAGCGACCGUUACCGGACCCCCCUCCACGAUCCUCCUCAGGUACAAGCGGCCCGAUGCUUGCUGCCUUGCAGGCCGAUCGUCCUUUGCCCGUUCCGACGUUUCCUCUGACUCCCGAAGAGCGCAGGCGAAGUAUCAUUGCGCUGGAUCGCAAGAGGCGGCUGACCAAUCAUACUUAUGACGAAGGAAGAAUGCGAUCAAAAAGUGGUGGCUUCUACGACAGGAGAGUAAAUUAUGAUGUCGGCUAUGGAAUGGCUGGCCCAUCUUCUCCUGGCCGCCCUCACGCCUCUUCCGAUGUUACCAGGCCUUUGCCGGAAGUCAUAGAUUUGACUGGCUCCUCUCCUCCAGCCCAGCCACACACGCCUCUCCCCGGCAGGUCAGUCAGGAACUCACCUGCGAGUUCAAGAGGAUACGUGGUACCGCGAUGGCAGCCAGAUUCAGAAGUUGGUGAAUGUCCCAUCUGCAAGCGACCUUUCACCUGGAUGUUUCGGCGGCAUCACUGUAGAAAGUGUGGCAGGGUCGUCUGCAACGAUUGCUCUCCUCACAGAAUCACAAUUCCUCGCCAAUUCAUCGUACGCCCUCCGGCAGGCGAUGUUUUCGAUUCACCUGACAUCUCUUCCGCUCAGCGCCAUAAUACAGUGGAUCUGACGGAUGAAGACAGCGAAGAGAGCCCAUUUCAAGACUCACAAAGCCCUGGAGAAUACGUGGGAUCUCGACUCGAUGGCGGUGAGAAGGUUCGGCUUUGCAACCCCUGUGUUCCUGAUCCUCAGCCUGACCCUCUCCCGGCCUAUCCCCACUUCCGUAACAGAAUUGUUGCUCCGCGGUCAACACAACCGUGGACUUCCGAAGCAGGACCCAAUCUUAGUCUGGAUCAUGCGGGUCUAUUUGAAGGAGGGUCUGGCGGCGAUGGCAGAGUCGGUUCAUUAUUCAGGUCUUCACGGGGCAGUUUCCAUCAUCCGAACGCGUUUGCUCAAUCCGCAAGUGGCCAUCCUCAUGCUCGGGACAGCAGUUUGUCGUGGUUUGGUUCAUACCAUGGGGAAACGUCGCCAACAGGCCGUCGUUUGCCUGAACCACCUACUUCAGUUGCCGGUCGACUAUUCUCCGGCUCUCCCAGGGACAAUCUACCGCAAGACAACCGAUCAAGUUUUACCAUGACACGCCCUUCGUAUCCUGAAAGUCGCCAGCCCCGAACGGAGCCUGCAGGGGUUGCCUCCGCAAGGCCCCCUCAUGUAGCUUCCAGUGGACGAUAUGAACGGCCUGCUCGAGCUUUGCCAAGUGCGCUUGAGGCAGCUUCCCGCCCUCGAUUGGACGAGAGGGAUAUUUGUCCCAUCUGUCGACGCCUGUUGCCCCCUAAGGAGCCGAACGGCGACGAAACUGCGCGAGAAACGCACAUAAUGGACUGUAUCAGUUCUCGAGACCCUGCUUAUCGCGCCCAGAGUGGCAGUGCAGGGCCUUCUCAGCCCAGAAUUCAUAUGCUCCCCUUCAUUGCCACGGAAAAGGACUGUAUGGGCCAAGAUGGGAGCCCGCAAGAGUGUUCGAUCUGCAUGGUGGAAUAUAACGUGGGCGACGAACUGGCUCGGUUGGAGUGCCUGUGCAAGUUUCACAAGCAAUGCAUCGUCGAGUGGCUUGGGCACAAACCAGAAUGCCCAGUGCAUAAGCUGAUGACAUGA